GAGCCCUGUGCGUGCGGCCCAGUGCGUGCGGCCCGAGUGCGCGUGCGCGGCUCCGGGGCUGGAGCCGUCGCUAUAAGUGGGUGGCGUGGGCACCUUCGUUCUGCUCCUCCUUGCCUAGGGCUGCGGUUUAAUACCGUGAGAGUCGUCUGGGCUGCGUGUUAGCGCUAUUCGGGAGCUGACUUUUCUCCGGACUCCUGCACGACCCGCAGGUACAGCGAGCAGACCGCUGCUGGCCCUUCCUCCUGGAGUAUCCAGAGGCCUUGGAGAAGCGAAGACAGCUCUACUACUCUACAGAGGAGUGGGGUCCUUUCAGCCAUGAAGCCUGUGUUGAACCUCUAUCUCUUAGGUGUGGUGCUGACCCUGCUCUCCAUCUUCGUUAGACUGAUGGAGUCCCUGGGAGGCUUACUGGAGAGCCCAUUGCCUGGGACCUCCUGGACCACCAGAGGUCAGCCAGCCAGCACAGAGCCCAAGGGCAAUCCAGACCAUCCAUCCGGAGGGGUGUGAUAAGACCUCUCUCCACCAGCUAUAACCUUGGAACACUGGCCUAAACACAUCCAGGUGGUUGUCCAAUUGCUGGGCAGGAAAGCUCAGAACAUCAGUGUUAUCAGAACUGUUACCAGGCCCUCGAAGGGCCUCUCCAUCUGGAUGCUCCUUGCCCUGGAAAAGGAAUCCUAAUAUACAGGUGUGAGCAGGUUGCCUAUGACUGCAAUGGAAUAAUGUUACUGCUUUCCCCAGGGUCUGUACGCCCUGGUGUCCUUGGCAACAUGGCUCUGAUGCCUCUUAGAUAGGGACUUGUGCGUCAUAUUCAGCUGUUGGGAGAUGGUGCCAUUUUCAUCCCUGCUUUGUCAACAUCUGCCAAGAGUUCUUCAAGCUUAGAUGUUUUAUGGUCAGUUUAUGUGGCGGUCAGUUUCUCUUCCACAAGAGCUUGUCUGUGUGUGGACAACAGUUGAAGUGGUGUAUGGGUUGGCUGUACAGAGGGGGAUGAUGAAAUAGUCAGUGUCCACCUCUCGUUUCACAUGGUAAAGUCCUUUCUCCAACAUAGCAUAUACGCGUGUAUAUUGAUCUGAAGGGGGCAGUGGGAUGACAAAGCCUGCUCAAGAAUGGCAUUAUGGCCACCAUGUGGCUUAAAUGAAUUUUUCUAAUGAAAUAAAAAUUUAUAUAUAUUUCUAGUAUGUGUCAUAUUGACCUCUGCCCUUGAAAUUAGUGGUAGGGAAGGGUCUUAAUUCCUAGAUUUGGGGUUUGACAUCUUAAAAACUCAGGAGCAGAAAAGUACUUAAAACACUUUGUUUAAAACAUAAUGUCGGGGCUCCUGGGUGGCUCAGUCCAUUAAGCAUCUGAAUCAGUCUCAGGGUCAUGAGUUCAAGGCCCUCAUUGGGCUCCACACUGGGCAUAGAACCGACUUAGAAAAACAUAAAAAAUAAAACGUAACACAAAAAACCGGAAUUUGGAGGCAAGGGCAGUUAGGUCUGCCCUGAAUCCACCAGUUUUCUGAGCCUGGGCCAAGAAUAUUCUAGUCCUCUCUUGACUCUUCAUUCCUAAAGAAAAGGAAAAAUAAUUAUUUCUUCUAGCACCUUCACCUUCAGUCUCUGGGGGGAAGAGGACUAUCUGUCCAGUAGGCUUUGUUUUUUUCUUCUGUACUGCUGUUAUCCACCAGAAUGAGUGCUCAAUUUUGAUUGUUCUCCGGGUCAGCUGGUAAAAUGUCCACACUUCACAGUUGUUGUUGCUCACUCCCAGGUCUUCACAGUUUGGCUCUUACACGCAAAUGGAGGGUUUGGGGUUUUUUUGUAUCCACUGCUCCAACCCCUACUCUACGUUGAAGUGCAUCCAUUCCUCUGCCCAUGGUAAUAUAUCCAUUCACACUCUCUUGAUGUGUCUCAUUUUAUCUAUGGUGAGUUUGAUUUACUUUUGCCAAAGGGUGCGAAUGGAGUAUGGUGCCUCUGUUAUGCCACGGUUGCUUCCUGACUUGUUCUUGAGCCUGAGUGCCACUACUCUGGAAGCUGGUGGUUUGGGCAUCACUUCUGUUGCACUAUGGUGGUCACUAGUGGCUGUUUAGCAAGUAUUUCCAGCUUUCCACCUUCUGGGCACGUGGUACGACCCGGCUCCCAGAUCCUCUCCGGAUGGCUGGGGUUAGGUGGCUCAUCUCUCAGUAGCGUAGUACACUAAAAGAUACGGUUGGCUUUUUAUCUCUCACUUCAGGCACUUUCACGUGCCAGUAGCUAUCCUAGAACAUAUUACUUAAAUUUGAUAUAUUUUCUCAUUCUCACACCUCCAACUCAUUCGGGUUGUUUUUAAGUGGGAGAGCUGUACCUUAAGGUUCUCUCCCCCAAGCGGUUUAAUUGAAAUGGUUUACAGGGUGCCAGAACCUUUGUGAGGUCUUCACUCUAAGACAAUUAAUCUACUUGGAGAUUUUAACAACAGAUGUGAUGGCCAUGCCACUGUUUCGAUCUUGCCUGUGAGUAGGGUGACCGGCUGUCCCCAUUUGCCUGGCAAAGGGAUUUUCUGGGAUGCAGUACUUUCAGUGCUAAAACUGGGACAGGUCUGGAUAAGCCAAGACAGUCUGUCAUCUUUCCUACAAAGCUGAGUUUGAAUUGACAUUUGAUACUGCAAACAUUUCUCAGUUUUAUCUGUUAACCAGGUAGGGAUGAGAAGUAGUUGCUUCUCCAAACCCUGCAGACCCACUGAUUUCUGUAAUCUCUUUACAGCCCUUGUGCCUGUUUGCAAGCCGGCCAGUUCUUGUCUGAGCUAAUUUUGUGCUUUGUCAGUGGCAACCAACAGUAUCCAAUUCAGGCUGUUAAAAUUCUGUUCUCUGACUUUCUCUUAACUUCUUAGAUAGAUUAGGUCAAGUAUGUCUCUAAGUUACUGCAGGCAACACUUUUACCAAAUACUUUGCUACUGUAUAACAUGAGUUGCCUUCUUCCCACCUUUCAGUAAGAUCUCUUCGCUGCCUGCCCUCCAAGUAGAUUAAUGUCACACAUUCUAAAGUUUUCCGUUGUUUUAAAUAUGCAGCACCCACCUCUACAGUCCUGUCUCCCUAUCAGUCAAGGACACGUUAGGUUAGGUUAUGCGGCAGCAACAACUGAAUUCUCAGUAGCUUAAAACAGAACAGUUGCCUAAGACUGUGCUCCCAGGAAGCAGAAUUAGGGCCAAAUUAGGGAAUAUUCCCUUCCCCCAGGGUAAGGGGCCUUCUUCGCACCUGCUCAGUGGCACAUCCGGAUUGCUAGGCUGUGUUUCCUGUUCCUCCCCUUUUCCCUUCGUGCAUUCAUCUCAUCCCUGUUCCACCGAUACUUAUUCGACAUGUGGGGGCUUAUUUUUUUAGUUUAUAGUCUCCAUCUCAAGCCACAUAGGAAAGUGGUGUAGAGACGACUGUGCAUCACUCAGAGAUGCUUGAAUUUGAACUUGAUGUUGUAGCUGAAGGGAAUUACUGGGUUGUCUUCUUCGGGGAGUUACGGUGGAUGCAGGAGGGAUAGUGAGCUGAAUGAUUAUUGACUAGAAGGGUCAUCAGUGACCCUUGCCUUUCAAGCACAUGAUAGAAGUGCACUUCCUGACACCUUUGUGGUUGGACAAGGCCAUGAAUUCGUUCUGGCCAAUGAGUUGUGAGUAGAAGUGACUUGUGCCAAUUCUAGCUUGGAACACCUAAGCACCGGUUCAAAAACCUCCAAAACCUUCUUUAAACUUCUUUUUCCCUCCACUACAGUGACUAGCAAUGGUCCAAAGGGAACUGUUCCAUUAACGUAGGUCCUGGAGUGAGGAUGCCAUGGAGGGGAGCCCUUGACUACUUAUUUACAUGUAGUGUAGAUAAAAAAGAAACCUGUGUUCUGUUAAGCUCCUGCAGCAUGACUUGGCCUAUCCUGACUGAUACAUUGCCUUCAGCACCUAAUGGCUACUGUGCUUUGAAUAAGAUUUCAUUACUACCUACCUCAGAUAACAUGCAUAAGAUGGUGGGGGUGGGGGGACAUGUAAACAAACCGAUAAUAUUUCAUGGUUCUGUGAUAGAAACAUGUAUAGGAUGUGGGUACAUAAAGUUAUCUGCUGGCAGGAGGCAGAUGUUCAAGCUUCUUAGAGGAUCUGAAUUUUAAAAAAUGAAUAGGUAGCCACGUUCGGAAAGACUUUCCCUACUAGAGGGAACUGUGAGCAAGGACGGGGAUAGGAGCCCAAGCACAGCACAAUUAGAAAGCUGCGUGUACAAACCCUAAAGCCUUGUUAUUAGCUUGAGGCCUUUGCUCUAGUGCCACCUAGUGGAGUCUAAGGAAGAAGGAAACACUGACUAUAUGCUGUGUAAUGCUUUCCAGAUUUGAAAGGCCCUUCCUCUGAAGCUUGUGAUAGAUAUCAGAAUAUUAAAAGGCUGGAAGAUAUGAGCUAGUCUAACACUGUCCAAUAAAAAUAUAAUGCAAGCCACAUAUGUAAUUUAAAUUGUUCUAGUGGUGACAUUCAAAAGAAAUAGGAAAAGCUGUUUUAAACACCUUUAACCCGAUAUACUAAAAAUAUUAUUUCUACAUGUAGUCAACCUAAGAAGUUAUUUAUGAGUUAGAUAUUUUACAGUUUUUGGUACUAAGUAUGUAUUGGUAUCUUACACUUAGAGCAUAUCUCAUUUGGAUUAGCCACAUUUCAGGUGCUCAGUCACAUGUGGCUAGUGGCUACUGUAUUGGACAGCAUAGAUCUUUUCAUUUUACUACAGAGGGAACAGAAGGAAGCUAAGUAACUUAGACAAUAUCAUUGAAUUAAUGGGUGCUCGAUUGCUAGUAUGCAGCUCUUUCUACAACAUGAUUUUUUUUUUUUUUGAGGAACUCUUCAAAAUGCAGGAUAGCAAAAUAGUUUCAAUAAUGUGCUUUUUCACCCCUAGGUAAUUCUUGUGUGGACACAUGUGAGAUUUUUUUCCUAUGAAAACCUAUUGUAGCAAAUCAAAAUUAUGAAAUGACUGUAACUUACAGUGUUUACAUGCUGCUUUGCCCAUAGACCAUCAAUAAUACCUCAGACUUGAUUUGCUUUGUAUGGCAAAUGUAUAUAUGUAUCUAUCUCAAUUUAAUUCAUAAUUCAUCACUUGAACACUAACUUCUUAUUAUGUUUCCUUCUAGACCUUGUUCAUACACAUUGGGCAUUUCUAUAUUGUAAUAGUAUGAGUGCAAUUUGGACCCUUUUUCCCCUGUUGCUUAACAUUAUGAAAUAGAGAACUAAAUAAUUGAUAAAAGCAGGUAGUUUUAUGUAAUCUGAGGAAUUCUAAAUUGGAGAACAUUUUAUUCAUAAGACUUAUUAGAAUAAUGUACUAAUAUUUAUGUAAUAAGAGACAGGAAAAGUUAAAUGGUAAAUACUGGUAUAAGUAUGUAUAAACAUUUAUAAACAUAUAAACAAAGGAUAGAAAAAAUAGCAAUAGUGGAUUCAUUUUGGAGGAAGUGUGGUGGGAACUGAGCCAAUGACGGGGGGUGGGAAGGAGUUUUUCACUGUCCCUUUUGAAAGUUUAUAUUGUUUGUACCUUGUGAAUGUGUUACUUAUUUGAAAUUAUUUUUUUAAUGCCUAUAAUCAAUCUUUUCCAGUUUCUAUUUAUAAUAGCCGUCUGGAAUUUUAAUUGGGAUUUUAUUGAGCCUACAGAUCAAUUUGGGGUGAAUUGACAUCUUAAUAUUGAAUCUUCCAGACCAUGAACAUAGUAUAUCUUUCUGUUUGUUGUUGGUUAAGAAUUUUUUUUUUUUAAUUUUAUUUGUCAGAGAGAGAGCACA